CCCGAACAACCUCCCUCCCAUCCCCAGCUCGGUCCCCUCCGCACACAAACAUGACGCGUGUGGCGAGUUUAUCCGGAUUGUCUGUUUUUCUGGGCUAGGAUUUCGGGUCCACUUGUUAGUCCACGGGACACCUGUAAGCGUCACGGUGACUGUGGGGAAGGCCGUCCGGACCCCCAGACCCCCCGUCCCCGUCCCCGUCCCCGACCAUGGUGGUGUUCAACGGGCAGCUGCGCAUCCGGAUCUGCGAGGCGCUAGACCUGAAGCCCACGGCGUGGUCCCUGCGUCACGCCGUGGGCGCCUCCGCCAAGAGCUCCAAGGGCUUCCUGCUGGACACGUACGCGGCGCUCAACGUGGACGAGUCGCGCGUGGGCCAGACGUGCACGCGACCGCGCACCAACAGCCCGGCGUGGAACGACGACUUCACCGCGGAGGUGCACGACGGCCGCGCCAUCGAGCUGGCCGUCUUCCACGACGCGCCCAUCGGCUACGACGAAUUCGUCGCCAACUGCAUCAUCGGCUUCGACGACCUCCUGCAAGGCGGAAACAAGCACUUUGAGGACUGGGUUGACCUGGAGCCCGACGGGAAGGUGUACGUUAUCAUUGAUCUUUCGGAAUCGUCGAGUGAAGCGGCGACGGCCAGCAGCGACAAUGAGGAGCGCGUCUUUCGCCAGCGGAUGCGUCCCAGGAAGCGGCAGGGCGCCCUCCGCCGACGGGUCCAUCAGGUCAACGGCCACAAAUUCAUGGCCACCUACCUGAGGCAGCCCACCUACUGCUCGCAUUGCCGCGACUUCAUAUGGGGCGUGUUGGGCAAGCAGGGCUACCAAUGUCAAGUCUGCACGUGUGUGGUCCACAAGCGCUGCCACGAGCUCAUCAUCACCAAGUGCGCCGCCAUGAAGAAGCAGGACGACAAAGUGGAGGAGCCAGUGGCCUCGCAGCGGUUCAGCGUCAACUUGCCGCACAAGUUCCGCAUCCACAACUUUAAAGUUCUCACCUUCUGCGACCACUGCGGCUCACUGCUGUGGGGUCUGCUGAGGCAAGGCCUGCAGUGCAAAGUAUGUAAGGUGAACGUCCACAGGCGCUGCGAGAGCAACGUGGCGCCCAACUGCGGCGUGGACGCCCGCGGCAUCGCCAAAGUCCUUUCCGACCUCGGAGUCACACCUGACAAGAUCUCCAACAGCGCGCAGAGGCGCAAAAAGUCGCAGCUCCCUCGGGUUCACAACCUCGAACGGCUUCCCGCCUUACCUCAGACUAAAGAAGACCGGACCAGGUCGGCCCCCACGUCUCCGUGUGACCCAGAAGCGAAGGAUCUGGAGAACAUCCGCAAAGCCCUCUCUUUUGACCAUCGCGGCCAGGAACUCUCGUUGCUCUCCGCCGCCGCGGUCACGGAUGAGCGACGGGAAAACGGCCGGGUCGAGGCUCACGGCGCCGCCGAGCCCAAAAGGAUGGACCUGAGAGACUUUGUCUUCAUCAAAGUGCUGGGAAAAGGAAGCUUCGGAAAGGUGAUGCUGGCCGAGCUCAGGGGCAGCGAAGAGGUUUUUGCCGUCAAGGUGCUGAAGAAGGACGUCAUCCUGCAGGACGACGAUGUGGACUGCACGCUGACCGAGAAGCGCAUCCUGGCGCUGGCCCGCCAACAUCCUUACCUGACGCAGCUGCACUGCUGCUUCCAGACCCAAGAGCGUCUGUUCUUUGUGAUGGAGUACGUGAACGGCGGUGACCUGAUGUUCCAGAUCCAGCGUUCCAGGAAGUUUGACGAGGCGCGCUCGCGAUUCUACGCCGCCGAAGUCACAUCGGCGCUGAUGUUCCUGCACCGCCAUGGCGUCAUUUACAGGGACUUGAAGCUCGACAACAUCCUGCUGGACGCAGACGGCCACUGCAAGCUGGCAGACUUUGGCAUGUGCAAGGAGGGCAUCCUCAACGGGGUCAGCACCAACACCUUCUGCGGGACGCCAGACUACAUCGCGCCCGAGAUCCUGCGGGAGCUGGACUACGGUCCGUCGGUGGACUGGUGGGCUCUGGGGGUGCUGAUGUACGAGAUGAUGGCGGGUCAGCCUCCGUUCGAGGCCGACAACGAGGACGACCUGUUCGAGUCCAUCCUGCACGACGACGUCCUCUACCCGGUCUGGCUCAGCAAGGAGGCCGUCGGCAUACUCAAAGAGUUCAUGACCAAAAGUCCCAGCAAGCGUCUGGGCUGCGUGGCGGCUCACGGCCUGGAGGACGCCAUCAAGCUCCACCCCUUUUUCCGAGAGAUCGACUGGACGCUGCUGGAGGGACGCAAGAUACAACCGCCGUUCAAGCCUCGCAUCAAAACCAAACGGGACGUGAACAACUUUGACCAGGACUUCACGCGAGAAGAACCCGUCCUGACGCCGGUGGACGACAGCACGGUCAAGCAGAUCAACCAGGACGAGUUCAAAGGUUUCUCCUACUUUGCGGACGACAUCGCGGCGUAGGCGAGGACGUAAGGCCGAAACGCCGAACCGCGGAGGACUCAUACGAUGGCAUCUUUGCACAACCACAAGUCAGCUUGAGACUGCUUCCUCGCAAACUGCUCCGGGAAUUAGACCAGACCGUCUGGCUUCCAGUGUGGCUGGUUCAUCUGCCGAGGAAGCCAUGUCACACUUCCUCGCGCGUGUGUGAGUGUACCUUAUCUGCGUGUAUGUUUGUCCCUGAAAUCACCCCCCCCCCCCACACACACACACAGGUGGGCACCACCCAUGAUCUUUUUUUGACGCGUUGGAAACAAGCAAAGUGCAUUUGGAGGGAUCAAAGAGCAGCAGCUGUAUUCACAGCACGCGUUUGUCUUCUCCAAAACGGCCGACAUGCUUCUGUUACAUUUUUUUUUUGACCCAGAAGUGCUGUCUGAGUGAAUUUGGGUCAGCACUUGCGGGUCAAAGUUGGUCUGGUGUGACUUGCUUUCACUUUCCCACUACCCCCACCUC